CGUCAGCGUGUCGUGGAAGCGCGCAUGAUUUAAUCGUACAUGCGACCUUUAGCUGGAUGUACGCGCUCGGUAUAACUGGAGCUUGCGGAGCCGUCCUCGCGUUCAGCGGCGCCCUUCCCCCUCCUGCCGUCCUCAUUGCCGCUUCCGUUUCUCUUGCGCGUCGGUGAUUGCGUCACUUGUGUGCUCUGCCCUCUCCCGGACGUGGGUCCGAGCAGCGGAGGGAGUCAACCAACGGCGCAGCUCGGGGUUCUUGACGCUCUCGACUCGCACGCCGUCCGGACGCGUGACAUGCGCGCCGAGCUCCGCAGUGCGGGUACAAGAACGGGCAGCACCGAGCGAGCUCCGGCAAAACUUUGCCGAAGACGCCCGCCGAUACGGGACUACAUUGGAGCAUCGUUGGACGGCCAUCACUGUCACGUCCGUCAUGGCCAACUUCUCCGAGAAACCUUCAUCGCACUGUGCUGCUCGCUUUCUACGAAAAGCAUCGUUUUUGUCUUAAGAUGUGCCGUUCCGGCUUGUCUUCUCCCACUGAUACCUCAAGCAGAAUCCUCACAUCGACGGACACUGCAUCACAUGGCAUCUUCGCGAGCUACGGCGAGCGACUUCGAGCGGCGUCUGCCCUGAGCCACGUACUCCUGACGGGAUGCACCGGAAGCUGCGCAAGAGCCUCAUCUGGACGGCUCUCGGCGCGAGCGCAGUAACGCUACUGUUCACCUGCACCACCUUCAAGACCUGCAUCCGGCGCUAUGGAGCACCUCAGAAGAGCCCUCUCGAGGUUCCCGACCUCCGGAGCAUCCUGUCCACUUACACCGACGUCUUCACGCUGCCGCCGUUCAGGCUGGACUCGCAGUCUCUGUACCGAGUCCACGAGAAGGCUAUCGAGGGCGACAAGCGAGCGUCCGACAGAGCGCUCGUGUGUUUGUCCACCAUCGCUUCGCUGGACCAUCUGCACUGGCUACGCGAGCUCUCUGAGCACUGGGCCGGCCCGGUGUCGGUGGCUGUGUUCUUCAGGGAGAACUUCGACCUGCAGCUCAUCGUGACGUACCUGCACGUGCUUAGGGUGUGCUUCCCGGCAAUCAGGGAGAACUUCAGUUUUCACUUUGUGUCGCCUGCAGAGAGGAACGACAGUGGUGCGAAAGACACGUACGCGUGGGAAGACGUAGACAAACCGCUGUUCUGUGACAAUCACCGCGCUCUGUUGCGUGCCCUUCUGUCUAUCCAGCGGACGCGAGGCUGGCCUCGCUUGCUCUUCCCGCAGAACCACCUAAGAAACGUUGCGCGUGAUGGCUGCGUUUCCAGCCCGUAUUUCUAUGCGACGGACGUGGACGUGAUGCCGCAGUACGGACUGUAUGAGCGUCUCUCCGCGUUCCUGCUGCGGCAGCCGCCUUGUACGAAGUGCCUUUACGUCGUGCCUGCUUUCGAAGGCACCGAGUUUGUUCCCCAUCCGAGGGCCAAGAACGAUUUGCUCAGUAGAACAGGAAACAGGAAGGACUUCCGAGUGUAUCACGCGGUGGCGUUCAGCAAAAACCAGCGGGCCACGAAUUUCAACAAGUGGAGGAAAAUCCCGAGCAAGAGUGAGCUCUUCGUAGCUUACCAAGCAGUCUUCGAAUUCGGUUACGAGUGCUUCUACGUCGGUCCUCACGACGUACCCAAGUUUCGCGAGAUAUUCAUCGGUUAUGGAUUCACGAGAAACGUACAGACCCUGGAGGCACACCUGGCCGGCUUCCGGUUCCUGGUGCUGAGUGACGCGUUCGCCAUCCACCGGGGCAUGCGAAACACCACCACCAACGACAGCGCCCGCAACGCGGAAAAGAUGCACAACUACCGCAUCUUCCUCGGCUUCCGCAAGACGCUCCAGCAGCGCUACGGCAAAGGGCGAGAGUUCUCGUGACGGCCGCUGGUGCUCGCUGCCGCCCUCCCCACUAUCGGAUAAAUAAACCUUAAAACCUUUA